AUGCCUCAGUACAGAAUUGAGGUGUCGCCCAACAACCGGGCUGUCUGCAAGGACACAGUUUGCAAGAAAGAAAAGGUCAAGAUCACGAAGGGCGAGAUUCGUGUCGGCACCUGGGUCGAGAUCAAUGAGCACGGAAGCUGGUCCUGGAAGCACUGGGGUUGCUUGUCUGGAUUCCAAGUCGGGGGGUUCCAGGAAGUGUGCCUAACUGAUGACGGAUCCUAUGACUUCAGCGCCAUUGAUGGCUACGAUGAGAUCGACCCCAAUGUGUUUGAUACCAGAUUGCCUAACAUCCUCUAUAGCGACAACCCUGAAGCACAGGCAAAGAUAAGGCAAGCCGUGGAACAGGGUCAUGUUGAUAUUAAGGACUUCAACGGGGACCCCGAGAAAUGCAAGCCAGGCGAGAAGGGAAUCCAUCUCACGGCGAAGCAAAAGGAGAAGGCUCUUAAGGAGAAGGAGGCUGAAGAGGACGAGGAGGAGGAAAAGCCCAAGGCCGCGAAGCAGAAGCGUGGUCGCAAGAAGGCUGAUGACGAGGAGGACGAAGAGCCAGCCCCUAAGAAGUCUAAGAAGUCAGAGCCAUCCAAGGCUGCUGGUGGCAAAGCCGCUCCCAAGAAGUCUCGGGCUUCCAAGGCUGUUUCCAAAGCCGAGGAUGAAACUGAGGACGAGGUUGAGGACGAGCCUGCUCCCCAGAAGAAGGGCAGAGCCACGAAGGCCAAAGCCGCAGCCAAGCCUACUCCCAAGAAGUCUCAGAAGGUUGCAGCCAAGGAAGAAUCUCCCGAGACUGAGGAAGCUGAGGAGGAGGAGGAGGCGGAAGACGAACCUGCUCCCCAGAAGAAGGGCAGAGCCACGAAGGCCAAGGCCGCAGCCAAGCCUACUCCCAAGAAGUCUCAGAAGGCUGCAGCCAAGGAAGAAUCCCCCGAGGCUGAGGAAGCUGAGGAGGAGGAGGAAGAAAAGCCAGCACCAAAGGCUAGAGGCAGGGGCAAGCGCGCGUCUGUGGCUGCUGCUGCUGAGCCAGAGCCAACUAAGGGACGGCGCACUCGGCCCCGUAAGCAGUAA